CGAAACCCUAAUUCUGUUUCCCCCAUUUCCAUUCGAUUGGUUCUCAAAUCUGCUUUCCUAUCCCUAAAUUCAACAUUUUCGUUCGUUCUGCUUCCAUAUUUCUUCGAUCAGGGUUUGUUUAGACGGAGUUUGAUUUGUUGCUGUCCUCUCGCGAUCUAUCUUUACGUGGUGAGAGUAUAGCUCCGAGAUCGUAAGUUGUUCUGGUGAUGGCUUCGAAACGGAUUUUGAAGGAGCUCAAGGAUUUGCAGAAGGACCCUCCUACGUCAUGCAGCGCAGGUCCUGUGGCAGAGGACAUGUUUCAGUGGCAAGCAACAAUCAUGGGACCUUCUGAUAGUCCAUACUCUGGUGGGGUGUUCUUAGUUUCCAUUCAUUUUCCUCCUGACUACCCUUUCAAGCCACCAAAGGUUGCAUUUAGGACAAAGGUGUUCCAUCCAAACAUCAACAGCAAUGGGAGCAUAUGCUUGGAUAUCCUCAAGGAACAAUGGAGUCCAGCAUUAACAAUCUCAAAGGUUUUGCUGUCGAUCUGCUCACUGUUAACAGACCCAAACCCUGAUGACCCUUUGGUGCCAGAAAUCGCUCACAUGUACAAGACUGAUAAGUCCAAAUACGAAGCCACUGCUCGUAGCUGGACACAGAAGUAUGCCAUGGGAUGAUUUAAGUGGGAAUGGAGUGGAAGAAUAAAAAUUGGUAGGGUUUUUUAUUCUUGGUGUUGUUAAGAAACAGCUGGUUUGUGUAAUAUUGAAUUGAUUUCAAGUCUAGAAGAAGAAGAAAUUGUAUUAAAAAUCCAAGUUUCCAUUUUGCACAAACACAAAUCCAUGGCAUUACAACUGAUUAUAAUCAUUGGCUUCAUAUGGAUCUUAUUUAUUUCCAA